AUGUAUGGGCUGACGAAGCCGUACGUCUUCAAGUUCGAAUGCUGCGCCGACUGCUCGUCCAAGAACCCGACGUGGGCUUCUGUGACGUUCGGAGUGUUCAUCUGCAUUGACUGCUCGGCCGUCCACCGGUCACUCGGCGUCCACCUCUCCUUCGUGAAGUCCAUACAGCUGGACACGAAUUGGACAUGGCUUCAGCUGCGAGCGAUGCAGCUGGGGGGGAAUGCUAAUGCUGAGGCAUUUUUCGCUCAACAUGGCUGCACGUCGCCAGAUGGGAAUACCAAGUACAAUAGCCAUGCUGCUAGACUGUACAAGGAGAAAAUCCAUCACCUUGCCACCCAGGCCAUGCGCAUGCACGGAACAAAGCUUUUCAUCGACACACGUUCUGAUCUUAUGACCUCACACAAGAAGGAAGGAGAUUUCUUUAGUGAAGUAAUUAGUUCAGUGUCAAUAACACCAAGUAAUCCGAGCCAAGCAUUGAGCCGACCAUCUCCCAUAACUGCUCAACAGGGAAAGGCAGGACUGACAGAUAAGGCACAGCCUGAAACAACCAAGCAAGGUCCAGUGCCAGUUGCACAGGUCAAAUCUUCACUUGCAACCAGAAAACCUGCUGCCUCUAAGAAAGGGCUAUGUGCUAAAAAGGGAGGCCUCGGCGCCCAGAGAGUAAAAACAGACUUCAAGGAAAUCGAGAAACAGGCACAGCAAGCACAGGAUCAGCGACCAAUAUCCCCGCCGGAACUCUCAAUCGCCGAACAGCAGAAGAUCAAAAGCGAGGAGGAGGCGGCAAACGAAAUGACUGCCAGAAAGUUGGCUUACCAAGAGUCGAAUAUCCAGGACAGUGAUACGCUAGGGAGGGAGCCACAUGCAUCAGUGAUUGGGACUCGACUGGGUGGGCACGAAGUGAGCCACACUCUAGACUAUCAAGUGAUAGAUCAGGAGGCGCCGUUCAAGGCUCGCAAUCGAUCAUCAGAUGCCAGGAGUGAUUCCCAUCCACCCAGAUCUUCAGAAGGCUGGUAUGUCUCACAACAAGAGCGGGAUGCUGACUAUGGUGUAAAGAUGGAGACAGAUGUAGGGCAUGGGGAAGAGUGGGAGGAGAAGACCCAACAAGUGAGCCAACCCGUCGCCAGCGGGCGGGGCUGGAUGGGAUUCUGGAGGUCGAGCCAGCCAGAUAAGAAGCAAGAGGACAUCCCUUCAACAGAUAUGCCCGAGGAAAGGAGAACGAUGCAGCCAGACGAAAAGCCGACUCCCAGCCAGCCUGUAGAUACAACAACAAAGCUCAGGAAAUUCGAGAAUGCGUCUGCCAUCUCUUCUGACAUGCUUUUCUCAGACUCCGACCGACAGAGGCCCCAGCAACAACAGUCCACUCACCAGGAGAACUUGGCUCGUUUCAAUGACUGCACCUCCAUCUCCAGUGCGGACUUUUUCUCCGACAAAUCGGGCGAGUCUCGGGCGCAGACGAAAGUUGAAUAUAUUAGGUCGUACGCGCCGGACCUGUAUGGCCUGAAGGAGGGAUUCACGGGCGGAGUGUCGCGCGCCGCAGGAAAGAUGGCGAGCGCCGUGAGCAGCGUCAUCCCGACCAACUACUACUAUGGCAAGGACGUCAAGGAUGGGAAAGCAUAAACAUUUUGUUAAACCUACCCAGAAGGAUACGCCGUGCGGGGUCAGUGCAUUUGCUCAGACAGUGGUUGGAGAAUGUAGCCUUUCACAAUUUUACUCCUUUCUACAUAGAAAUGUGAGUUUCCAGUAAUGCUUCAGGGGGAAUAUCUCAAAGGUAAAUGAGAAAAUGUGCAGAGAUGAUGAAAUAUGUUUUGUGAAAAAUAAAUCGUGGUGCCUGCUUUUUACCAAAAGGGUUGGUAUAGAUCUGUUACAAUGGUUUUAAAAAGGUUUGUGUGUUGUGUGCAAUAAACAACGUUUGUAUUGUACUGCCUACUGGGUGUUAGACAAGUACUGAAAAAGAAAGGUCGAGGACCAUGCACUAAACAGUGUCAGUUCUAUUAUAUUUACUCUGAAAAUAUAUUUGUGGUUGGCAAUUGUGAUGCUGUAGGCUAAGUGAAUUGACGAUAAGUCUGGAUUUAAUAACAAUACUUUUAUUGAAUAAGUCUGCUGGCUACAUAAUGCUGAUCAUCUCUUUAUGGCUGAACUUCCUGUUCCUGUUGAUACAAAGAAUGCUCACUAGGCGAGAACCGAAGGGGGGUUUCGGAGUUACAUGAAUACUACAGCAAAUACAUGCAGUGCAUAUAUAUAUAGAGAUAUAUGUAAUCCUAGUCUAGUUUUUGACAAGCGGUGUGCAUAAUAGUGGCACAAUAUACAUGCAUGUUAUGAUCACAUCAAAAAGAGUUGACAAAGAGAAGAGUAGUAUAUUAUCAGGGGUAGAUAAUGACAAAUCCUUUGUCAUUAUCUACCCCUGAUAUUAUACAAUAUGUAGUAAUAUUAGGGUUUUAUCGUUGUCUUAUCAACAUGCAAUGUCCACCUGAGAGUCGCACAUGAGGUGUCGUGAUUAUGAUCUUAUAUCUCGUACUCAUUACAUACUCCAAAUAAUGUGCAAGCAACUGUAAUAUCCAAACAUGUAUCCUCUAAUUAAUGAUUAGAGAGGUGAAUACCAGCAAUUCAAUAUACAUGCAUUCAAAUGAUUAGCGUAGUGCAAAUAUAGGAGAAUGCUUCCACAGUUAAUUAAAAAUAUCUGAAUUACUGAAUUUUUUGCCACUUUUUCUAAAGAAGCAUUAAUAAAUUGCUGAAAGCAAUACGGGCUUCGAAAUUCUAAUCAACACUGGCUGAGAGGGUCUAUGUCCCCCAGGGUACUGCCGGAGGGUACCCUGGGUACGGUGCGGUAUACCGGAACAUACC